UGUCGUCUUUCACUGCUUCGUUCUCCCCCCGAUCUCUUCCUCUCCCUGGUUGUGCUAUCUACGUUUACUGCAAUAGACCUUUUACAUUCCCUAUCAUCAGCCAUGGCCACUCCACAGAGAGUUAUCGUCGUCGGGGGUGGACUGUCCGGUUUGAGUGCUGCUCAUACAGUCUACCUAAAUGGCGGCAACGUACUCGUCCUCGAUAAGCAGAGUUUCUUCGGUGGCAACUCCACGAAAGCCACCUCCGGUAUCAACGGAGCCCUCACGAGAACACAGAUCGAACUUGGCAUUGGCGACAGUGUCAAGCAGUUCUACGAAGACACCCUGAAGUCCGCCAGAGACAAGGCUCGCCCAGAUCUCAUCAAGGUUCUCACAUACAAGUCCGCUGCGGCCGUCGAAUGGCUCCAGGACGUCUUCGACCUCGACUUGACCCUCGUAUCCCGCCUUGGUGGCCACUCAUUCCCCCGUACCCACCGUGGUCACGAUGCCAAAUUCCCUGGAAUGGCGAUCACAUAUGCGCUCAUGCAGAAAUUGGAAGAACUCACGGAGAAGGAGCCCAACCGUGUACAAGUGCUGAAGAAGGCACGAGUUACCGGAAUCAACAGGGAGGGUAACAAGGUCACCGGUGUCACCUACGAGUACAACGGCGAGUCCCACUCCGCCGACGGUGUUGUCGUCCUGGCCACCGGUGGAUAUGCCGCCGAUUUCACAGAAAACUCUCUCCUAAAGAAAUGGCGACCAGACACUUUCAACCUCUCCAGCACAAACGGCGUUCACGCCACUGGUGAUGGACACAAGAUGUUGAUGGCGAUUGGUGCCAAUGAUAUUGAUAUGGACAAGGUCCAGGUUCACCCAACUGGUCUUGUCGAUCCCAAGGAUCCUACUUCCAAAUGGAAGUUCUUGGCUGCUGAAGCUCUUCGUGGUGAGGGUGGUCUCUUGCUCAACAAAGACGGCCAGCGGUUCGCUGAUGAACUGGGUCAUCGUGAUUACGUCUCCGGCGAGAUGUGGAAGGAGAAGGAGAAAGGAAAAUGGCCUAUCCGUCUUAUUCUCAACAGCAAAGCUUCCAACGUCCUUGACUUCCACACCCGCCACUAUUCUGGCCGUGGUUUGAUGAAGAAGAUGACCGGAAAGGAACUUGCGAGAGAGAUUGGCUGUGGAGAAGCCGCAUUGAAGAAGACCUUCGAUGACUACAACCAGAUUGCCGAAGGCAAGAAGAAGGAUCCAUUUGGCAAGAAAUACUUCCACAACUUGCCCUUCUCCGUUGAUGACACAUUCCACGUUGCUGUGAUGGAGCCCGUUCUUCACUUUACCAUGGGUGGUAUUGAGAUCAACGACAAGGCUCAAGUCCUCAACAAGGAAGGCAAGCCAUUCGAUGGCUUGUUUGUCUGUGGUGAGCUUGCAGGUGGUGUCCACGGAGCUAAUCGUCUCGGUGGCUCUUCUCUCCUCGGCUGUGUCGUCUACGGCCGUGUUGCCGGUGACUCGGCUAGCGAAUAUCUCUUCCAGCAGGUGCUUUCCAACCCUGGUGCCACUGCUCAGUCUCGCUUGAACCAAAUCUCCCUCCACAUUGACCCUUCGCAGCCUGGUAAGAUUUCUGUCGAGUGGACUGCUCCUGGCGACGGCAAGGGCCAGGGCCAGGUUCAGGCCCAAAUCUCCGCCCCAAAGGCCGAUGCAUCAGCGACUCCCGCCCCCGCCGCGGCAUCCACGCCUGCUGAAGCAGAUAUCUCCGAUUUCAAAGUCCCAGAGAAGGAAUUCACCAUGGAAGAAGUCGCUAAACACAACAAAAAAGACGACCUCUGGAUCGUCGUCAAGGGUGUCGUGAUGGAUGUUUCCAACUGGCUUGACGAGCAUCCUGGUGGUGCUCAGGCUCUGUUCAGCCAUAUGGGCAAAGAUGCUACCGAAGAGUUCGAGAUGCUCCAUGACGAUGAAGUCAUUCCCAAAUAUGCCUCUCAGAUCGUUAUCGGACGUGUAAAGGGACAGACCCCAAGCUUGAAGUUUUAGAACAAAUCGCCCUCCUGACUCUCCAUAGACGACCACCUCCCCUCCCUUCUUUAUCCGACCAGACUGGGAUUUCUUUCUGCCUAAUUUUCCAUUUUCCUAUUUCGGACAUGCGUGUAUUAUCCCACAAUAACGGAAUUUGUUUUUUACUCUUUUUAGUUACGAUAUUGCAUUGUAUAGCCUUUUUUUCCUUGGGGCGGCUUCUCUUGGUGUAAACAGCCUUUUGUUUCUAAGAAUUUAUCUCUCGAUUUUGUUCGAAAUUUACUGGGUAUAUCUAGU